CGCAAUAGUCAAGUACCGCUUAAUGCGCAAAUAAUUACACAUUUCCAUAUAAAUAGCCGUACGUCCAUCCUGUGUUGCCCAAAAUCGUUGGACACUCUAACAAUCCAGAAUGCUGCGAACGUUUACCCUUCUCCUGAUCUGCUCUGUGGCCUUUGAGGCGGCCUUGGCCUGUAAUGGCUACAAAGCCAAACUGGUCAAGAUGGAGAACUGUGCCGGCGAUGAUGCCGUCAUGACGGUUGGCAGUGACUUCAGCCUCAAGCUGAACAAAAAAUGCGAGCUGGUGCCCUCCGGCUGUAUCAUCAAUAAGCCCUUCGGCACGGCUAUGGCCAAGUUUAAGGUUCAGAAGGACGGCAUCGUGAUGAAGGAGGGUAAGGUGGAUCUCUGCCUCGCCAUGGACCAGGCCCCAUCAGAGGCAAAGGACAUUCUGAAGCUGUUCGGUGCCCCGGCCUCUUGCCCCGUGGCCGAGGAGAAGGUCUGCGCCAACGAGCACACAGUCGAUUUGUCCAAGUAUAAGGCCAUGCUGGGAAUGGCCCGAGGCCACCUGAUCAUCGAUUCGGAGAUCAAACACGAUACAGGCAAGUCUUGCUUCCAUGCCGAGAUCGAACUUACCAAAAACUAGAGGGAGGGCAAAACCCGGAUUGUAGUUUAUGUUUAUAAUAUGAGUCUUGCAAAUUGUAUAGUUGUAAAUAUGAAUGCAAUAAAAUUGGUAUUGAGGAGCACCAAAAACACACCCUUA